AAGAAGAAGAAGAAGAAGCUGUCUUGACAGAUGCCAGUAUCCGCGAGAAAGCUCUGGCGGGAGUAACAAUGCUCAACUGUAUCUAGACCUUUUGUCGUACGGUUCGUUUAUUACACCGGAUCUCAGUAAAAGCGGACAAACCGGGAAAGCAUAUGCGAGGGUAAUGCUCGCUGACGGCCGAACUGCUCAGUGUUGGUGUUGACACAUCCUCAGCUAGCUCUCGGCUAGCGCACUCAAACUUGAGGAGGAGAUGUCUCCAGACGACAACCCUCACACCCUCUUGGGAAGGAUACGGUUUUUAAACAAGUGCAUUGAGUGUUUCCGAAAAAGUGAAGCUCUGCCCGAGUCCCUGUGUUACGUGCCGAAAGAGGUUUGCUACAAAAUCUGUAAGGACUCGUCGUCGGGCUCCGCUUCCGCGUCUUCGUCAACAGCUGGCAACUCAGGAGGCAAGAGUGUGGUGUCGGUGUGGGAAAGCCCACAUCAGGCUCCACACAAGAAAUUAUGCAAGUGUAACAUCGAGCCCAAAAAAGGCACAUGUAUACGGACAACAGGGGAAGAGUACUGCAACAGCCACGGUCUGUGGGUCAAAAUAAGCAAGGAGCAGCUGGAGGAUUAUCGUGCUGGCCUGGCUCUUGACAUAGAGGAGGGCUGGAUCCUGGUGUGUAAACACACAGAAGGUGGAGACAGGCUUGUGCCGGUGGAAUCUCCCGACACUGUCAGCCGCCAGCAGCAGCUGUUUGGUUAUGACCACAAGCCGUGUAGCAGGUGGGAGCAGGUGAUGGAUGUGGAAAACUCCUUACACAUGGGUGCCAAACCCAAGGUGGCAGAGCCGGAUGAGGUCGCUGUUCGCAAACUGAGGUAUGUACCUCCUACAUGGACGUUUGAAUGUGAUGAGGACCUAGUACACUACUUCUAUGACCACAUUGGGAAAGAAGAUGAAAACCUUGGCAGCGUGAAGCAAUGCGUGACCAGCAUUGAUGUGUCUUCUAGUUCGGAGGACCCCAGUGGUGGCGCAAGCUGCCUGACAGAUGGAGACACUGAGACAUUCUGGGAGAGCGAUGGCAUGCAGGGACAGCACUGGAUCCGGCUGCACAUGAAGAGAGGCACUGUGGUCAACAAACUGAUAUUAACAGUGGACUCAACAGAUGAUAACUACAUGCCCAAAAGAGUGACUGUAUAUGGUGGAGAGGGAGAUAAUCUCAAGAAAUACAGUGAUGUAUCAAUAGAUGAAUUGAGGCUUGGAACAUUCAACCAGAUCAAAAGCAUAAAGCAGUUCCUGCUGUUGUCCAAGCGUCGCUCUGCCCUCAUCACCCAGUCCCUGAAGGACUCUGAGACCAGUAAGCCUAACUUCAUGCCCCGCCUUUACAUCAACCGUCGCCUUGCCAUGGAGCACCGUGACAAUCCCACUCUGGACCCCACGUGUAAAAAUGCUGUCUUCACUCAGGUGUAUGAGGGUCUGAAGCCGUCUGACAAGUAUGAGAAGACUCUGGACUACAGGUGGCCAGCACGAUAUGACCAAUGGUGGGAGUGUAAAUUCAUUGCAGAAGGCAUCAUUGAUCAAGGUGGUGGUUUUCGCGACAGCCUGGCAGACAUGUCUGAAGAGCUUUGUCCCAGCUCAUCAGAGUGCCCCAUGCCACUUCCAUUCUUCACACGAACUUCUAACCAGGGGGCUGGAGAGGCCAGAGACUUCUAUGUGCCAAAUCCUUCAUGCCGAGAAUUCCACAAGUUUGAGUGGAUUGGGCAACUAAUGGGUGCAGCUCUUCGCGGAAAAGACUUUCUGGUUCUGGCUUUACCAGGGCUGGUGUGGAAGCAGCUGAUUGGAGAAGCAGUCAGCUGGACUAAAGACUUUCCUGCAGUAGAUUCAGUGCUGGUGAAGUUGUUGGAGGCUAUGGAGCAUAUGGACAAGGAGACAUUUGAUUUUAAGUUUGGCCAGGAGCUUGUGUACACCACACCCCUGAGUGACGGGCGGCUGGUGGAGCUGAUCCCAGGAGGCAGUGGAGUGGUGGUCCGAUAUGAAGACCGCAUGGAGUUCAUAUGCCUGGUACAGAAAUCCAGACUAGAAGAGAGUAGGGAACAGAUUGCUGCCAUGCAGGCAGGACUGGUGAAAGUGGUGCCGCAAGCUGUGCUUGAUCUCCUGACAUGGCAGGAAGUAGAGAAGAAAGUGUGUGGAGACCCAGAGAUCACAGUGGAGGCCCUUAAACGCCUCACACGCUAUGAAGACUUAGAACAAACAGAUGUCAGAGUGCAGUACUUAUGGGAAGCCCUGAUGAACUUCACCAAUGAGGAUCGCAGCAGGUUUUUGAGGUUUGUGACUGGGAGAAGUCGUCUUCCUGCUCCGAUUUAUAUCUUCCCAGACAAACAAGGAUCCGAAACCACAGAUGCACUUCCUCAAUCUUCCACAUGUUCCAGCACCCUUUAUCUACCCAAAUACCCAAGUGCUAAAGUUUGUGAAGAGAAGCUUCGCUAUGCUGCAUAUAACUGUGUGGCCAUCGAUACAGACAUGAGCCCUUGGGAGGAGUGACCUGAUUUUGCCAUGUUUACACAUUUUAAUUUGGCAUAAAUGAACUGUAGCCUUCAGCACUGUGUUCAUGACCAUGCCUACACUAUUGCCAAUUACAUCUGUACAGUAUAAAUAAAUGUUAUAAACAAUA